AUGGAUUGUGAUUGCACAGUUGAAACCCACGAAGCCCUUUACUGCAAAGCCCUGGCAAAGACUCUACAAGAGAUUGACCCGCCAGUGACAGUGGGAUUCUAUGCACCAUGGGGAAGAAACAAAAGAAGACUCUUAGAUGAAAUUGAAAGUAAGUACCACCAAUUCCCAUGGGAACAGAAAGCCCAGAUAAGGAGACAAAAUGUAAGGAGUGUGGAAUAAAACGGGGCCAGGAGAAAUCAAUAUUAAGUAAUAACGGGUACAGAUUAAUAUAAAUGGUGUGCUUCUGCUUUCUUUUACAGGCCACAUGCCCACGGAGGGAGAGGAAGGUGGAAGAAAGUAUUCCCUGUUUUCACUCAUUUGGCAUAUGAUUCUAUGUUACCCUGCUUCUGGUUCAGAAGAAUACAAAGGUACCCAGUACAUCUUCAUCCAUUUCGAUGCCUGGGAGUAUGUGGGAUGUGACCACAUCUGGGCUGGCAUUCUUACAGCGCUGCUUGAUGGAAUCGAAGGAAAAAACAAAGCACUUUUUACAACUUUUAUGAUCCUUGAUGGGCAAUCUCUGAAAAAAACUAAGAGAAGGAAAUGGGUUUUUAAAGGAUGGGGGAAGUUCUUCAUUCCUAUUAUAAUAGGUUUGAUUCUUAUUUUACUAGCAGUUAGCAUGUUGAUAAAGGAAGAUAAUUUAAAGUCGCUCUUUGGAUCCACUGCUUUAGUAGGGGCUAUUCUGUUUAUCGCUCCUUUCAUACACGUAAUGACCAAGUUCUACUACACACUGAAAAAGAAGCUUCAGAUAGAAAUUGACAGAAAUACCCUCAGUGCCAAGAUGGGCUUCAUGAACUUUGUGAAAGAAGAAGUGGAAACCAUAGCGAAUUUCCUCCAGUUCCUGGGAUGGAUAGAGAAUCGAAAGAUCCUGGUGGUCCUGAAAAUCAUCAAUUUGGACAGGUGCACUCAGGACAAAGUGGUGGAUGUUCUGGAUGCCAUAAACAUACUUCUUUCCAACAAAGACGCCCCAUUUAUCUCCAUCUUGGCUGCCGAUCCAAGCAUCCUUGUGGAUUGUAUUCAGAAACAAAAGAAAAACACAAAUGGCUACUUGUACUUAAACCGAAUUGUGUCCUUGCCCUUCUCCCUGCCGCAGAUGACUCCCAAGGACAAAUUAAGGCUGUUUAAUGAGAUCCUGAAGGUGGAUUAUGAGAAUCCAGCUGCAUGCUCUUGCGAAGAAAGCAACAUCAAGAUCACGGUGGUAGGUUUAGAAGACCCCAGCUGUAACGAAAAGUUAAGUAUUUGUAAGCACCUGAUGAAUAAUGAAUACAUUCCAGGGAAUUCUGCGCAACUGAAGAGGGUGGUGAACACAGUCCUGACCAUCUUGUCCAUCACCAAGAUGGAAUCGAAGGCUCCUUGGAAAUAUGAGGAAAAAAUUGACAUCAGAGAGGUGAUAGACUGGGUUGUUCUUUCCAACGGCUGGCCUUGCCGCCUGUGCUGGAUUUUGCAAUGUUUGGAUGAUGCCCGAUACCGAAGAAAGCUUGAGGAAAGCCAGAGGAGGGAAGCAGAUAGACAAGGAAGAAAUCUGCUAUGGAGGGAAACAGAGGAAGACGGCAAAACAUUACUGGAGAUUUAUGAUGAACAUGAGCCAGCAUUGGCUAAGAUUAAGAAUGAUAUCCAAAAACUUCUGGAACUUGAUGGAGAUCCAGAUCUGUUCAGAAGCUUCCUGGUCACCAGGUCCCAUAUCACAGCAAAGUGGGCCAGAUAUUUGGCAAAUUACCUGAUCAGUUUGGAUCUCUCUUUGAAAAGGCCGUUUGAGUUGCUACGGGGCCUGAACAGCAUAACGGCAGAGGAAGAAAAAGCAGAGAAAGGAACAGUAGAGGAAAAGGCAGCAAGUCACCAUCCAUUGAGGGGAGAAAGACUUUGUGCUGGCCAUGAGGCAAUGGCUGUUCCCACCUGCCUUGCCCGACGCCCCACCUCUAGGAGUAUUCUUCAUAAGGAAGCUGUUCUGAGAGGAAGAAAUGUGAGGGGGGAAAGACUCUGUGCUGGCCAUGAGGCAAUGGCUUUUCCCACCCGCCUUGCCCGACGCCCCAGCCCUAGAAGUCUCCUUCAUACGGGAGGUGUUUUCAGAGGAAGAAUUAUGAGGGGGGAGAGACUUUGUGCUUGCCAUCAGUCAAAGGCUUUUUCCACCCGCCUUGCCCGACGCCCCAGCCCUAGCAGUCUCCUUCAUAAAGGAGCUGUUUCCGAAGGAAGAAUUAUGAGAGAAGAUGAGUUCAGAAAUAUUUUUUUAAAAUAACUUUGUAAGUUGUGUGCCUUUGUUUCUCAACUUGAUCCUUUUACAAGGUUUUGUAUGUAUUGUGGUAUUUUCUUCAUUGUGAAUUGCUGUUACUUUUACAGAUUAUAGUUUAGUAAUUAUUUAUUGUAAUUGUUGAGAGUGAAUUUGUUUAAUUAUUAUUUGCUGAUACAUAAUGUUAUUGUAUAUGUAAUGGAUUAUUGAAUGUUACUUUAUUUGAUAUAAAUUGUUUAUUUUAAAAAUAUAUUUUUAUGAUGACUUUUUUGUAUUGGAUCAAUUUGAUAUAAGGUGUGUGUGAUCUUUGUUGUAUAUUUUGUUGUUCCUUCAGCUUGUAAACAGACUUGUGUAUACUAAUAUAGAAAGGCGGUAUACAAAUUAAAAGUGAAAUGAAAAAAAAAAUGAAAUGAAAUCAAGAACAGUGUCACAACAGCAAGCACAACCCAAACAAUUUGAAAAUGCAUAUGGCUGCAGGUAUGAGACAGCCUUCUGCAGUUGUGCUGGUCGAGGCUGAUGGGAGUUGUAGUCCAAGACAUCUGGAGGGCACCAUGCUGAGGAAGGCUGAGCUUAGAGAGUCGAAGGGCUCUACCACUUCUCAUUUCUCAAAAGGGUUAAAAGCAGUGCUAUUUUUCUAGAAAAAGAGGUGCUGGAACUCACCAUGAACACCUCCCUUGUUCUCUUAGAAUGGCAAUGGCGCCUACCUGAGAGGUAUCAGAACUGAGUUCUAGUGAGUUCCCGGUCUGAAAAAAAGCCCUAGUUAAAAGAACCAAACACAAAAAUACCCCAGAACCACCAAUAUCCAUGACCCAGAAAUUAAACCUCAACCAAUACUAGUUAGACAUUUGGUAGACAAUUUUAACAACCCUGGAUCAAUACUGGCUUGCCAAUUAGGAUGUUAAAUCAACUCUCACAUCAUUAUAUCUCAAAUGCUCCUAUCUCUAUGUUUCUUAUGCAGGAGGUUGUCAAAGAAGGCAUUAAAAAGCAACAAGACAAAUAUUUUUAA